GCAGGAACGAUGCGAUGCGUGUGCGACCUGAACUCCUAGCUGCCUGCCCUACGCGCACGAGGAAAUGGCUGCGCGUGCUGCUCGUGCUCGUGGCCGAAACGGCUCGCUGGCGGUCGUGUGCGACUUCUGCAGCCGGUCAUACUCGCGCCGUGAUGCGUUGCGGCGACACCAACCAGUCUGCCCUGAUCGAGGCUCACGUCCCGUGGAUUCAUCCGCACGGCCACGUGGACGUGCGCGCCACUCGUGUGAUCGCUGUGUCGACAAAAAGUUGCAUUGCGAUGGCAGAAAACCAUGUGGAACGUGUGUGGUGAAGUCCGCCAUCUGCUCCAACAUCACGAGCCGCGACGGGCCGUCGAGGAGUGCCUCCCAAGACCCAGAAGCGAGAGUGCAGCGGCACCGCUCAGAGUCGUUCCUUCUUCGUGAUGAAGAGGAAGAGGUCUUCUCGGCCCGAUUCAACUUUCCACGACCUCCAACGGCAGAACAAGCACUGCAAGAACACGAACACGAACACGCACACGCACACGCACACCACCGCGACCACGACCACGACCUCGGAAGCCCUUCUCUCGUGGACUUUGACUUCAAUUUUCUGGACAAUGUCUUCUACCCCGCCUUCUUCGCCUCUACAUCCUGGUCGGGAGCUGCACCGGUGGCAGCAGAGGUGCUGUACAAUGCCAGCGACACUACUGAAUACGUAGCCGUGAAUCUUGACGCAUAUGGUGUGUCCAGCCACCUUGAACGGCUGGCCGGAGUGCCUCGCGCCAUCAUGGACUCUGCACACGCCCGCAAAUCAUCACAGGCCAUGAAUUCCAAUGCUCUCGCCAAUCUGGAGCAUAUUUUCACUGCCAAAAACCUCGUCAGGCAUGUCAAUGACUACUUUCGAUAUUGGCACAGAAACUCUCGAGUGGUGCAUCGGCCCUCGUUCACCCUCGGUCACGUGAGUGACCCUCUUCUGGUGGGAGUGGUCCUUUUGGGUGCAAUGUACUCCUCGUCUCAAAACGAACGGAGAAUGGCUGGAUCAGUGAUGCAGUAUGCGGAAGAGUACAUCUUCGAGCAGGUGCCAAUAGUCCCACGCAAUGAAUGUAUACGACACAACCAGCAAGAUGAGAAUACGCUCCAAAGCAUACAAGCAUGUCUAUGCAUGAUUGUCAUUCAGUUCUGGACUGGCAAUGCACAAUCUCAGCACCGAACCAUGACUCUUCGCUUUGGCCAGGUGAUUGAAGCCUCCUAUCACAUAGACUUGCUGCGUACGACUCACACGCUCGAGGACAGAGUGAGUGAGCGCGCGUGGCUAGACGUCGAAACUCGAAUUCGCGCCGCUACGUAUCUUACUCUGCUGGAUUGUGCUUUUCUGUUCUUUCGUGGCAUACCCUUGCGAAUACUGAGUCCCGAGAUCGAAUGUGAUUUCCCCUGUGACGAAGCUGUAUUUGAUGCCGAACAUCCUUUCACGUUACCUCAGUUCUGUUUCGAACGGACAAUUGGGCCAAAACAGGCGUUCAAAUGGCUUUUCAAGGCCAAUACGGAACCCGGCGAAAAGCCACCAGAUUUGACUAUGCUGGACACCUUUAUUCUUAUUCAUAUGCUAUAUCGUUUCACCAACGAUACGCUCACCUUGUGCACAUGGGGCCCACGGUCUUCGAAGAACAUUCUCGCCCGCUCGACGGACAUACGACUCGCGCUCGACACUUGGCACAAGUGCUGGAAGUUGGGAAGAGAUCGAGCUCAAGAGCAGGGAGUGUGGGAUAACUUUGGUUUUUGGAAAAAUGGCGACCAAUACGAGACUGCUACUCGACUACUCCUAUCUCAAGCUACGGAACCCAACAUUGCCAGACUCCUCGCAAGUCAUGUUGAUCGAUUGAAUCUGCUGAAGCAGCUGACGAUCCCAAGCGCCUAAUCCGGCUCCUGACACCCAUCGCAGCCGCCCUGAAUCCUUUCUCAGGUGCCCAAGAUCUGUCGCAUCUUCUCUGAACCCCUCAGCUCAAAUACUUGGCCGCAGACCUGGUGGAAGAAUUUUCCGCGACGAAUUGCUGGAGCGCUUACCAGUCCCCGAUAGCUGGAACCAUUCAAGACGCUAAGGGCCAUGCAGCGGCACGAAGCAAUGGUCUCGAGUACAGCAUGGAUGCGCUCAUUACAGGUCAUGCCUGGGGGCCUGUAAAUACGUCCAUCAAUCUGCAUUUCGCAAGUUCCGUACUUCUGGCACCGAACUAUCUCCUCCCAUAUCGCCACAGCACGCUUCUCGAGCUCAUGUGGCUUCCGUUUAUCGGUACAGAUUGCUGCGAUUUCCGCAUCGGCUGCCACCUCGUUUGUGAGCCACUGCUCCUUGUCAAGGCAGCCAGCUGGUGGCUGUGCCCUUGGCAGUGAGUAGAUGGCAUUCAUGAUGGUGACGAUCCAUACGUUUCGAAUCUGAGACACGGCAGCAAGAUCAUCUCUCGCUGGAACGCUUUUGGGAUUGCGCGUCACUGGGCCGGAUCCAGAGUCGUUUGCUGGCACUUCUGCGAUCUUGAUAUGAAACUGGUGUGUUUCUGGGUCGUACUUUCUUGGCUGAGUCUCCUGGACGGGAAGCCUUCCAUCUUUGAGCCAUAUAAGGCCUGAGUCGCCUUCGCCAGACAUCUUGCACAGGACAAAGGCAAAGCGUAUCUAUGGCUCUCAAUUGGAGUCGUCUCGAGCUUUCACGUCGAUCCUGGCUCGCAUGAGCUAUAAGUCCGUUUCGAGACAACACUUGACGAGCGACGCUUCCAAGACUUGAGAGGAAAUGGUUGCUUCAUCCGGCUGGUAUACGACUUCACUAUGGGAUGUACACAGCGUAGCGAGCAGCAGCAGAAAUUUCGAUGCCUUUCUCCUGACUUUUAGUUGCACACAAUGCUGAGCAGCUAACCUAUCGGGUCAGAAUUUACAGAGCUUUUCCGCCUCAAAAAUCUGAGGAUAAUGAUCAUUGAUACCUUACGCGGAAUCCUCAACCAAUCGACGAUGACCGAUGGAGCAAAAAGCAACCCUCAACAUUGACCAGUCUCAUUUUCAUUUCAUCUCAAUUAUGUAAAGAUAAGGAUCGCAGUCAAUACACUAACCAAACAACGAGAGAAGGACCUGCGGUAGCAACGAUAUCAUCGUCAUCAUUAGUUACGCACUCCAGCUCCUCCUCAUACCAAUAUUCUCAAUAAUCCCACUCAUCCUCGGACAUCUCUUGACGACUUUCCCCGCCACUUUAUACUGAAUGGCAAACUCCGGUCCCGUUUCCUCUCCUGCUAGUUCCCCUACGGGUCCACUACACGUCGUGACGAUUUUCACUUCAUUGUCAUCGUCAUUGUCGUCGUUUUCGAGAUCCUGAUCCUCGAAUUCUGCGACGGCGAAAGGGGAGAUGAUGGCACUGGCUCGCUUUACGGUUGCAGGUGUUGAUGUUGUCGUCAAGGUCGUGGUCGUGGUGGCAGCAGGUAUGAUGGAUGUAUGUCGGCGACGUUGUGGUUGUUGAUCCCAAUCCGCAGGAAUCCUCGGAGCCAAGUCGAGCACUUUACGAGCUUUGACUUCGUCGUGCGGAAUUCCUACCAGGCAAGAUCGGGGCCGGUAGUCGAUUGCGUGGCUGCCGCUGCGUUGCGCAGCGGCGUUGCGACGUUUGCAUGGGAAUGGUUCGAGAGGAUCGGGGUGUGCGUAGGAGGUGGUUUGGGUUGGGUAGUAGGUGGUGGGUGGUGGUGGUGGUGGUCCCCCGACACGACCACCACCACCAGUAGUGAGGUAUGACUGGCUUCUUCGUUCGUAAUCGGUGUAGGUUGAGCCGAGUCUACCUGUGGGGCCGGGAUAGGAGUCUGGACGGUCGACACCGAGGAGUUUGCGAGCUUUAUUGUUGGAGGUUGUUGUGCUGGUUUUGCGGUCGGAGGAUUCUUCGUGUGUGGUUGUUGUUGUUGUUGAUCGGCGAUGCUCGUGGGAAGAAAGAGAGUAGUCCUGAAGAGACUCGUGCAGAGAAUCAUGUAGAGAGCUGACAUCGGAGUGGUCAAUAUAGUAUUGUCGUUGAUUUUGUUGCCGAAGAUGACAAUCUUCUUCUUCUUCAUCUUCUUGCUCCAACGAUGAAAUCAUCGACGGCCUUCUCCCUUCUCCUCCUCCUCCUCCUUCCAUCUCCAACUGCUCCGCUUCUCCCCCAUAUGCCCGAUCACUCACGACCGAAACCUUUCUCGGACCCUGCACGACGGGAACGCCCCUCGACGGGCCCGGCUGCAAUUCCACCUGCGUCACCGACCCCGAAGUAAACCUCUGAAGAGGCAUC